GUCAGUAUGGCUAAAGAAAAUCACUCCUUGACAACUGAGUUCAUCCUCAUAGGAUUCACAGAUCAUCAACUGCUGAAGACCAUUCUGUUUGUGGUGUUCCUUACCAUCUAUCUGAUCACCAUGGUGGGGAAUCUUGGUCUGGUGGCAUUGAUUUACAUGGAGCAUCGUCUUCACAGGCCAAUGUACAUCUUUCUGGGUAACCUUGCGCUGAUGGAUUCCUGUUGUUCCUGUGCCAUUACCCCAAAGAUGUUAGAGAACUUCUUUUCUAAGGACAGAAUGAUUUCCCUCAAGGAAUGCAUGGCACAGUUUUACUUUCUCUGCCUUGCUGAAACUACAGAUUGCUUUCUUCUGGCUGCAAUGGCCUAUGACCGUUAUGUGGCCAUAUGCAGCCCACUGCAGUACCACACCAUGAUGUCAAAGAGACUUUGCAUCCAGGUGACUAUAGGGGCCUACAUAGCUAGUAACCUACAUUCUAUGAUUCACAUAGGGUUUCUGUUAAGGUUAAAUUUCUGCAGGUCUAAUCAAAUUGACCACUUUUUUUGUGAUAUUCUUCCACUUUAUAGAUUAUCUUGUACUGACCCUUAUAUCAAUGAACUAAUGAUAUAUAUUUUUUCAAUGCCAAUUCAAAUCUUCACCAUUGCUACUGUCUUGAUCUCUUAUAUCUGCAUCCUUUUCACUGUUUUCAAAAUGAAAUCCAAAGAGGGGAGAGGUAAAGCAUUUUCUACCUGUGCAUCCCACUUUCUAUCUGUCUCAAUAUUCUACAUUUGUCUCCUCAUGUACAUUCGACCAUUUGAAGAUGGGGACAAAGAUAUACCGGUGGCAAUUUUUUAUACAAUAGUAAUUCCUUUAUUAAACCCUUUUAUUUAUAGCCUGAGAAAUAAGGAGGUAACACAUCUUCUGAAAAAAGUUAUGAGGGAAUAUAAUAUUCUUAAACAAACUUCCUCUCUGGAAAACUGA